ACCACACUUCAUUUCUAUUACCAUUUCAUGCUUGCACUCUAUUUCCGAUCAUGCUUCUUUCCUCCACCAUUCUUUCGCAGUAGUGUUUGUGUUUCCUCUCUCUUCCCUCUCUCUUUCUCUCUCUCCUCAACCCUUCGCCCCCUUACCCUUACAAUGUCCAAGAAACCACCCUCUGCUUUCGAUGCCCUCAUGUCCGGCGCACGCGCCGCCGCUUCCGCCGCCAAGAAGAAUCCCCUACAACCAUCCUCAUCCCCCAAGAAAAGAAAAUCACCUCACCCCGCUUCCAUCCAAAACCCUAACAACCUCAACCCCCCCGAUUCCGAAGCCGUUGAUGAAUCCAACAAACCGAGAAAAUCACCUCAUUCCACUUCCAUCCAAAACCCUAGCAACCUCAAAACCCCCGAGUCUGCAACCGUUGAAGAAUCCAAGAAACCGCAGGAAACAGCCAAGCUGGAAAUAACCAAGAAACCUCAGGAGAAGAUCGCCGAACUGAAGAAGCGAGUUCCGCAGCUGAAGAAGAAGCCGUCCGAGUUCGAUCCGAGCUCGGUGGCUUGCUGGGAGAAGGGCGAACCUGUGCCGUUCCUGUUCCUCAGCUUGGCGUUCGACAUGAUUGCUGAAGAGACGGGAAGGAUUGUGAUAACGGAUAUAGUGUGCAAUCUGUUGAGGACUGUGAUAUACGCCACGCCGGAGGAUCUCGUGCGCGUUGUUUAUCUCUCCGCGAAUAAGAUUGCUCCCGCGCAUGAAGGGUUGGAAUUGGGAAUUGGCGAUGCUUCCAUUAUCAAGGCGCUUGCCGAGGCGUGUGGAAGGACUGAGCCAGAGAUUAAGAAUCUGAAUAAGAAAAAAGGUGAUUUGGGCUUGGUUGCCAAAGAGUGCCGUUCUUCUCAGACUAUGAUGCGGAAGCCUGAUGCAUUGACUAUUAGGAAGGUUUUCAACACCUUCCGCCUUAUUGCCAAGGAAUCUGGAAAAGAUAGUCAAGAGAAGAAAAAGAAUCAUAUCAAGGCACUUCUUGUUGCUGCUACUGACUGUGAACCUCUAUAUCUAAUCCGUUUGCUACAGACAAAGUUGCGAAUUGGGUAUGCUGAACAAACUCUCUUAGCUGCAUUAGGCCAAGCUGCAGUAUACACUGAAGAGAAUUCUAAACCGCCUCCUAAAAUUCAGUCUCCUUUAGAAGAGGCUGCAAAGAUUGUGAAACAAGUUUAUUCUGUUCUUCCCGACUAUGACAAAAUAGUUUCUGCACUGCUUAAGGAUGGUGUAUGGAUACUUCCAAAGACAUGUAAUUUUACUCCUGGUGUUCCAGUUGGACCUAUGCUGUCGAAAGCAACCAAGGGUGUAUCUGAAAUUCUAAAUAAAUUCCAGGAUGUGGAGUUUACCUGUGAAUACAAAUACGAUGGAGAGCGUGCUCAGAUACAUUACAUGGAGAAUGGCUCAGUUGAGGUUUACAGUAGAAAUGCAGAACGGAAUACUGGGAAGUAUCCUGAUGUUGUUGCUGCAGUUUCAAGGUUAAAGAAAACAACUGUAUCAUCGUUUGUUCUUGAUUGUGAACUUGUUGCAUAUGAUCGUGCAAAACAGAAAAUCCUUCCUUUCCAGGUUCUUAGUACUCGGGCUCGCAAAAAUGUCGCUAUAAGUAGUAUAAAGGUUGAUGUUUGCAUAUUUGCUUUUGAUUUGUUGUAUCUGAAUGGCCAAGCACUUCUUCAGGAGAACCUGAAAAUCCGUAGAGAGCAUCUCUAUGCCUCUUUUGAGGAAGAAUCUGGAUUUCUUCAGUUUGCAACAUCAAUAACAUCAAAUGAUGUCGAGGAAAUACAGAAAUUUCUUGACAAAGCUGUUGAUGCAAGUUGUGAGGGAUUAAUUAUCAAAACAUUAAAAGAAGAUGCUACAUAUGAACCUUCCAAGCGAUCACUCAACUGGCUAAAACUGAAGAAAGAUUAUCUUGACAAUAUAGGGGACUCACUAGAUUUGGUACCUAUUGCUGCUUUCCAUGGUCGUGGGAAACGUACAGGAGUCUAUGGUGCCUUUCUUCUUGCUUGCUAUGACAACAACAAAGAAGAAUUCCAAAGUAUUUGUAAGAUAGGAACGGGAUUCUCGGAUGAAGUGUUAGAAGAACGCUCAGCUAGUCUUCGUUCUAAAUUGAUUCCCAAGCCAAAGACAUACUAUCGAUUUUCAGAAACAAUCAAUCCUGAUGUCUGGUUUGAAGCCAGUGAGGUGUGGGAGGUGAAAGCUGCAGACCUGACCAUUAGCCCUGUUCACCAAGCUGCAGCGGGCAUAGUAGAUUCGGCUAAGGGCUUAUCACUUCGAUUUCCACGUCUUGUUCGAGUUCGGCCUGACAAAGCUCCUGAAGAAGCCUCAUCAGCUGAGCAGGUUGCUGAAAUGUAUAAUGCUCAAAAUCACAAUCAAACUAACAACCAAGACGACAAUGAAGAUGAUUGAGGGAAAAAGCUUCCUUGCUUCACUCAUGCUGCCAAACUAAAAAAUUUCAGCUUUGUUUUAUGAUAACCAAUGUUGAGUGGCUCUGUCGAUGCAAAUUCUUUGCCUUAAGCAUAGGUCUGGGAGCAUGACCGCUUCUUUGACAUAAUUGGAAAGUUGUUGUACAAUGUGGAAUAAGCUCAUGGAGGGUCCAAAAAGUAGGCAUUUGCUUGUGUAGAUAUAUGAUUUUGUUCCUUUAACAUGGUACUGCAGUUAAGGCUGCUAGCGCAGACAAAGAACACUGCUUAACACUUA